AAAAAUGCAAAGACAAAUCAUCUCUAAGAAAUCAUCAUCAGCCGCCAAUUCCUUGGUGAAAAAUCUUAUCAGUAAACAAGUGCGUUUUUCAUCAUCAAAAUAUUCCUUCUCCGAAUAUGAUUUUUUGCCAAGAUUAGGUCUCGUUGAAGAAGGUAAUCCAGGUAUUUGUAUUGGAGGAGAAUGGAAAGGAUCAGGUGAAGUUUUCCAAUCUAUUUCACCAUCAGAUAAUAGAGUCAUUUCUACUUCUGUUGGUCCAACCAUUACCGAAUAUGAACAAGCUAUGAAAUUGACCAAGAAGGCAGAAAUUGAAUGGCGUAAUAAGCCUGCUCCAUACAGAGGAGAAAUUGUUAGACAAAUUGGUGUUGCUCUCCGUGAAAAUAUUAAUGAUUUGGGUAAAUUGGUUAGUUUGGAAAUGGGUAAGAUUUUACCAGAAGGUGUUGGUGAAGUUCAAGAAUUUGUUGAUAUUUGUGAUUUUGCAACUGGUUUAUCUAGAAUGAUCAAUGGUCAAGUUAUGCCAAGUGAAAGACCAAACCAUGCCAUGUAUGAAUUGUGGAAUCCUAUCGGAACUGUUGGUGCAAUUACUGCAUUCAAUUUCCCUGUUGCUGUUUAUGGAUGGAAUGCUGCUCUUGCUUUAAUUUGUGGUAAUACUAUGGUUUGGAAAGGUGCUCCAACAACUUCAUUAUCAACAAUUGCAACUGGUAAAAUUAUUCAACAAGUUUUGAAGGAUAACAAGUUAGAUCCUGCUAUUUGUACAAUUAUGACUGGUGGAUCUGAUAUUGGUCAAGCUAUUUCUGCUGAUAAGAGAAUUGGAUUAGUCAGUUUUACUGGAAGUACUCAAAUUGGUAAGAAGGUCAGAGAAGUUGUUGAUGAUAGAUGGGGUAAAUCUUUAUUGGAAUUGGGUGGUAAUAAUGCUAUCAUUGUUUGUGAAGAUGCUGAUCUUGAAAUUGCUUUCAGAAGUGUCUUGUUUGCUUGUGUUGGUACUGCUGGUCAACGUUGUACCACUACUCGUCGUCUUAUUAUUCAAGAAAAUGUCUAUGAUCAAUUCAUUUCCAAGUUAAAGAAGGGUUAUUCCAAUGUCAAGAUUGGUGAUCCAAUUAAGGAAUCUGGUUUCUUGUGUGGACCUUUGCACACAAAGAAUGCAGUUCAACAAUAUAAGAAAGCUAUUGAACAAGCUAAACAACAAGGAGGAAAGAUUCUCUAUGGUGGUAAUGUUCUCGAUAGACCUGGAAAUUAUGUUGAACCAACAAUUAUUGAAAUUGCCUAUGAUGCUCCAGUUGUUCAACAUGAAACCUUUGUUCCAAUUGUUUAUGUUAUGAAAUUCAAGACUCUCGAUGAAGCUAUUCAUAUUAAUAAUUCUGUUGAACAAGGUUUGAGCAGUAGUGUAUUCACAAAGAGUCAAUCUAACAUGUUCCAAUGGCUUGGUCCAAAUGGUUCUGAUUGUGGUAUUGUCAAUGUUAAUAUUCCAACAAAUGGUGCUGAAAUUGGAGGUGCUUUUGGUGGUGAAAAGGCUACAGGCGGUGGUCGUGAAAGUGGUUCUGAUUCUUGGAAGCAAUACAUGAGAAGAUCUACUGCCACAGUCAAUUAUGGUAACACUUUACCAUUGGCUCAAGGUAUUAAAUUUGAUUAAACUUUUGAAUAUAUUUCACUGCUA